GAAUUCUCCGCUUGCGACAAGAACUCCCGCUCAUGCCCGCUCGUCUAUCCGCUCGCCGCCUCCUAGUUCCGGGCUCGGACUAACAAACGGCAUCACGUCCUCCCGUCGGGACAAUGCUCGCUGCCGCCGUCGUAUCUCCGGAGCCGUGCGCCGUCCAGUCCCUGAGCGAAAGUGUAGGCCACGCAGCGCAGGCGUGUCGACAAUGCAGUCGACUAAAGAGGAAAUGCCUGCGAGAACUCCCGGUCUGCUCUUUGUGCAUCCGUCUUGGCAAGACCUGCCAGUAUCCAGCACGUCGCAAAGCUUACGGUUCUCGAACCACCGAGAAAGAUCAACCUGCCUCACCAACCGUAUCCUCUACUUCGAGAAAUAGCGAUGUCAUAAAUCCAUUCCCCGAUGCCUUCUUCAUUGACACCGAGCGCUUCCGCUCCGUCCCACAUUCCACGCUGAAUAGCGCCUACCCUAUACCUCAACAUGUUUCGCAUUUGCUUGGUCUGGACGUCAAUGCAAUCUGCGAGCUUUACUUCGACUCCGUUGACACGUGGUUUCCGUUUAUUAGCAAGAAAGGCUUGAAUCUGAGUAUUCAAUCCAAUCUGCCGACCGAGACUCCAGGAUUGGCUCUUCUGCUUAUUUGCAUGAAGCUCAUUUGCACUCCGCCACAGCUCGAUACGUCAGCAUCAGAGUCUGUACUUUACAAAACGGCAAAAAGCUUCUUGAAUAACAUCGAGGAGGUGUCACCAGUAGCUCUUCAUGUUUUUCAGUCCCUUGUCCUCAUUGCAUUGUACGAGGUUGGGCAUGGUAUCUUUCCAGCUGCGUACUUGACCGUGGGCCGCGCCGUUAGACUGGGCAUUCUGAGAGGCGUCCACGACCGAAAGAACUCUACUCAGCUUUUUGUUGGACCGCCAACUUGGACCUAUGUUGAAGAAGAGCGCCGUACAUGGUGGGCCACAUCGAUACUUGAAUGCUUUGUCAAUCUCAAUCCUACCGGUUUUCCGCUUGCGAUCCCAGAGCCGGCGCGCGGUGACCUAUUACCUACGACAGAUUCGGAGUGGUUUCGCGGUAAGAUAGGGCCAAACCAGGCUCUUUUCAUGACCGGCUUCGCGCCAAAUUCGACAAUCGGUCCCUUUGCGAGGGUCUGUCAAACGUCGCACAUUCUCGGGCGCGUCAUCAACCAUAGAAACUAUCGAAAAGACUCCCAGAACUGGGAAUUCAUACUCGACGAGGCUAUCCAGUUGAACGCAACCCUGACUGCCCUGGAUAGCUAUGUCUCUCAACCCAUGGAAGCUCAGCCGGAUGACGGGGCAACGUCUGCCAUUGACGUUGCCCUAUGCACUUGCGCACGACUAGUGCUUUACCAAAUGUACGCAUGCAACGAACCCGACGUCCUGGCGCCUCGACGAGCGGAAGAAACCGAGAUGCAGGCCGACUCCAUAGCCGGGAUAAAGCAGAUCAUGUCCACUCGCAGCCCGGCGCUCGCCCUAUGCGUACUUCGACAGGGUACGGAAAACCUAGGCAGGUCCAACCCGCUAGUCAUACAGUGUCUUUAUGAUACCGCCACUGAGUGCCAGUGGUUUCUUCGCGAGGGUGACGUGGUUGAGGGGACCGAAACGACCCUGCAGCUGGUCAUUGGGGCACUGAACUUGCUUGCGCAGCGAUGGGCACUUGCAGGAAAAUGUCUUGAGCUACUGAAACGGCCAGACGAGCAUUAGGUCGAGAGGAAGCAUGGUGUAUAUUUUGGCCAGGAAUGCAUCAACCGCUGUGAGAUGAAUCCAUACCGCCCAUUGACCGAGAGCUCUGGGUGUACACAAUCGAACCAAGGAGGUGGCAGUGCGUCCAGCGCCGGAAUUGUAUAGUUUCACUAGUUGAAGGCUUUCAAAAACAGCCGUGGAGUAGCUGGAGAUCAUAGGCCCA